AUGAUAACUUGUAAUAUUGAUGUAAAUGACGGUAUUGUCAACGAGGCCAUUGGAACACUGAGGGGCCGGCCGCAGGGGACGUGCAAGGUGUUGGUCUCCCGAAUUUCAGCCAAUACGAAUAAGAAAGAAAUUCACUCGCUACUUUCCACAUUCGGGAAUAUAAUUUCUUGUGAAGUCCGCCAAAAUCAAGACAAAGAUAGAUCUGCGUAUUACCGACUCCUCGUCACGUUCGAGGCAACCGAGCAAGCACAGCAAGCUGUACGAAACCUCUCGAAUUAUAGAUACGGAGGUUCUUUCUUGCGACUCGAAUAUUAUAAUCCAAAUUUUGGUGAUAUGAACGGGGGACCGAACCCUCACCACAUCAAAAAUUUCAGACGACACAACGGUCACAUGGCAGGCCGCGGGAACACUGGAAUGCCGAACGGUGGCCAUGCCGGAGACCACGGCGGCCACGUCGGCGGUCACCGGGGGAGCGGAGGUUCAAUGAUGAACGGAGGCCACAUGAACGGCUCGAUGAGGUCGCCCAUGGCCGGACCAGGUGGCUACUACUCCGGGCAUGUGGGCCAUCCCCCUCCGAAAGAGCUCCCGGUGAGGAUGCUUGUGCCUUCAGAAAUGGUUGGAGCCAUCAUCGGUAAAAGUGGAGCUACCAUCACGUCGAUUACUCAGCAAAGCCAAGCGAAAGUCGAGGUGAACAAGAAGAACGCCGGAGGCAUCUUCGCCGAUGGCCAAGUGGAUAAAGUAAUUAACAUUCACGGAACAAACGAAGCUUGUUCGCAAGCGUGUAAAAGGAUCCUCGAAGUCAUGCUCCAAGAAUCCCAGCAGCCCGCUACGAACACGAUGAACGGCGGAACGUCACGUAGACGCGACGAGCCGAUCACAUUGAGGUUGCUCGCUCACAACAAUCUCGUCGGCAGGGUGAUCGGUCGAAGCGGGAUCGUAAUCAAAAAAAUCAUGGAGGAGACAAACGCCAAGAUUAACGUCUCACAAAUGACCGAUCCCCGGGAACGGGUGAUCGUGAUCAGGGGCAAUCUCGAAGAAAUGAGCAAGGCCCAGCAGCAGAUCACUUCGAAGAUGCGACAGUGUUACGAACAAGAUCUUCAGCAGGCAAUGAUGGGCGGUUACGGCGGACCCGACCUAGGACCCCCACCGCAACAGAUUCCCCCCGCGCUGUCGUAUCCAUUCCAUCGGCCGCCGUUACCUCCGCCGCCGCCGAUAACGCAUCCCUACCACGGCGGUCCGAACGGUCAUCACGGUGGACCGCAUCAUCCGUCGAGUUUCGGGCCGCCGGGAGGACCCUACGGUCGCAUCGGGAUGUCUUCCCCCUCUGGUCAUUUUUACCCAAUGGGAGACGGUAGCGUCGAAGUCGCUCACGUUUGGGUGCCUUCGUGCACUGUGGGCGCCAUCAUCGGGACGGGUGGUUCGUCGAUUCGGGAAAUGAUCAGAGCAUCUGGCUGCAGUAUUAAGGUGUCGCAGACCAAUGCCAAGGAUGAGAAGAAAACGAAAAUCGACGAGUCUGUCGCAAAACAGAACGGAUCCGAGAACCCCGGUGACUCGCCCUCGUCUUCGUCGGUAGCGACCGAGGGUGGUCACAGCACAAAACGGGACGGCGGCAGCGUAGCAUCCCUUCCGAAUCCGUCGGAUCGCCGAGUCACGGUCACGGGCUCCGGUGAAGCUCAGUGGAAAGCUCAGUGUCUUCUGUAUCGUAAAGUGUUCAUGGAAGCUGUACAGCACCUUGAUCUCAAUCCGGACGUUUCGAACGACCCCCAGAUCCAGCAGGGCCACCUCAGAAUCGAAAUUAAUGUCCCCAGUAAUCAGGUUGGCCGGAUCAUCGGCAGAGGUGGCUCAACUGUCAAAGACAUGCAGAGACAAAGCGGUGCCAUCAUCAAGCUUCCUGAAGAAACGUCUAGACGAGCUGGAUCUCCGGACGAGGCUGUCGAAACCCCCCUAUACAUUAUUGGGGACUUCUACGCUGUUCAAGCAGCUCAAAGGCGAAUCCGUGCCCUUAUUGCCAGGACUCCUCCAGGGGGUCCCACAGCCAACGGCUCUCAUGCCAAGAAACACGUGGAAGAGACAGCGACUCAGAAGGUUGAAGGCGAAUGUGAUCAGUCCGAGAGUCAAUGCUAAAAGAAAAACCCGUGAUACAAAGGCAGUUCCGCUCUCAUAGAAGAUGCCAAGCGGCUAACUACCUUUAGGAAAGCAGCGAGUGUGAGGAGAGAGUUGGAGAGACGACGGUGGACACGGUCGCUUCAGGGCCGUCAUGCGAGAUUCUCACGCUUUCUGCGUCGUGAAACAGUCCCACAUGAUCUACGUUAUUGGAAGCGGAAUUCAGUCGAUGUUGGGGGCAACUGUUUCUGAAGCAGGAACGGG